AUGGAGGCCAACAAGAAGUUGCAGGUGAAACACAUCACCGACCUAAUAGGGGAAUGGGGUAAAUGGCAGUUCCUCUUAAGCGCUUAUGUGUUUCUAAUGUCAGCGGCCGCCGCCUUCAUCAAUAUGGGCUAUAGUUUUCACGCAAAAGGUGUCGACUACUGGUGCUCUGAUGUUCCUCAUAAUCAAUCUUUUGAUUUGGUGUGCGAGCGGACAAACUAUGCAUCUCUGACCCAAUCCUUCUUUAUGUUGGGUUAUGUGGCGUCGGGUUUCGUAAUAUCCUAUUAUUCAGACAAAUAUGGCAGAAGACCGAUGAUAUACCUGUCCUAUAGUAUAGAAGUGUUGGCAAUCAUUUCGUGUGCCUUUUCUUACAAUAUUUAUCAGUAUAUAAUCUCUCGCUUUUUGGUUGGUUUUGGUCACUCGGGAGGCGUGCUUGAGUGUUGUGGUCCUAAACAUCGGGCAGAUAUAGUGAUAUUGACGGGAGUGGGAUGGGUGUUGGGUUAUGUCCUAUUGCCAGGGUUUGCCUAUUGGUUGCAAGACUUUCGAUAUAUGCAGUUUAUGUCAGCUAUUCCCAUGAUUAUAAUGUUAAUUUGGUUUUACUAUUUAUACGAAUCCCCGCGAUGGCAGUUGGCUAAUGGACGGGUAGAUGAGGCAGAGAUUACUAUUAGAAAAGCCUUACAAAUGAAUGGAAAAUCAACGGACAACUUAACUGAAAAAAUAGCACAAUUGGCAAAAAAUAUUCAAGGAGCCCCUGGUAUAAUCAAAAGUGGAAAAACAUAUAAUAUGUUUGAUUUGUUAAAAACACCAAAUUUACGAAAAUAUUCACUAAUUCUGUGGUAUUCAUGGAUUAUAAACGCAUUGGUUUACUACGGAAUCAGUUUUAAUAUGUCUGACUUUGGCGGCAAUUUCUACAUAACCUUCGUGUUGGCCGGACUCAUGGAACUGCCCUCUCAACUGUUCACUCCAUUGUUUCUCAAAUUUAUUGGUCGACGUAAACUGUACGCCAUAUUCAUGGCAAUAGUAGCCCUGUCCAGUGUGGCAGUCAUCCCUUCCCAAAAACCGUGGCUCCGAGUAUUAUUUGCAUUGAUUAGCAAAUAUGGUAUCUCUAGCUCUUGGAAUAUACUCGUCAUAUAUGCGGCCGAGAUAUACCCCACAGUUAUUAGAAAUAUAGGAAUGGGAACGGCGUCUGUAGUCGGAAGGAUUGGCUCUGUGAGCGCACCUUUCAUGGGAAAUUUGACAAUACAUACAAGUCUCACAUUUGUGAUGAUAUUCUAUGGCAUCGUAACAGCUGUUGGCGCUAUACUCGGCCUCUAUUUGCCUGAAACUAAAGAUAAGGAAAUUCCCGAUACUUUAGAAGAGGCAGAAAACUUAGGGAAAAAUGAUAAUUAA